AUGAAGUUGACAGCCUUUGUCCUUGCGUCGGUUGCAGCCAUGAAGCAGUCCAAUCUGACCUUGACGGCCGAAGAAAACGCCGUCUCGGGUGACGCGUUGUAUUCCAAACUACGCGGCAACCCCCAGUCACCCCCCCCGUCCAGGUCGACUGCCGAACCCAUGACGUCCAUGUCCAAGUCUGGCUGCUCCGACUGCGACGCAUGCUAUUACCCCGGUGGGAACUCGUGCUUGCGUGUCUUUAGUCAAGAAGACUGCAACUACUACAGUGACAAGUACGGCACCAAGUGGUGCGCCAACUAG